UUGAGCUCAUUUCAAUCAUUUCAAGUCUGUGUUUAACCUGGACCUCUUGUCUGAGUGUGAAGUGGAAGAAACCUGUCAGGUGGCUGAUCGAUCAACCAUCAAUAAUUAACGAAUUAAUCACUAAAGUGAUGGAUUCAAAACCGGAGCUGAAAAGUACGUCAGCUGUUUCUCUGAAUGACCGUUUCUCUCAGAUUCUCAUGGAUCAGCUGAUUCAGCCGAGGGUGGUGACCUCUGACCCCGACCUGCAGCAGCAGAGGGCGCUGUCCGGCCUCCCUCCAGCGGUCCUGCUGGUGAAGGAGGAGCCGUCAACACUGAUGCUGGGCCCACAGGCUUCUCACGUCUCCCAGAGGGAGGUGUGGUGUCCGAGGAGGAGCAGGAGGAAGAGGAGGAGUGUGUGGACCCGGCUCAGCUGGCAGCAUGUGACCCGACGUUUCUCCACCUCCAGACCUCGAGGCUUCUGGAGCUUCAUGAAGAAAUACAGAUGGAGAGCCCGGUUGACGUCCACCUGCAGGAGUCGACACCUGAGCCAGAACCUGCAGAGGGGCGUGGCCUCCACAACUAGGCUACGCAGUGUCAGCAGAGUCAACGUUCCAACCAAGAGACAGCUGGACGCACAGUUGGACGAGUACAUGUCCAUGUCCAGGAGCCGACUGGACAGACAGCUGGACGAGUACAUGUCCAUGUCCAGGAGCCGAUUGGACAGACAACUGGACGAGUACAUGUCGAUGGAUGGAGACGGACAGUGGGACUGAGGCCUGGGGCGGGUGUUAAUGUUUAGUUUUUUAUUUACAGAGUCAUUGUUUCACCAGAGUUUAAGUUGUGACACCACCUCCAGGAACAGUGUGGAAAUGCACAUGUUGAGUUCACUGACCUUUGUCUGUGUAGGAAAUCUCUAGAUCACUUUAGUUCUCAGUGUUUUAAUAAAGAAAAGAUGACUUUAUGAUGUCAUCAGGUGGCCACAAGUUCCACUGCAACAUCUGAAUAACACCUGUCAUACUACAGUACCACACCAUAUUAAUACUGCAGUGCUACGCUGUAUUUAUUCUGCAGUACUCCACUGUAAUAUUACUGCAGUACUACACACUGUAUUACACCAUCACCAUGACAACCAAAUCUUUAAAGACUCCAGUUCUGAUCUUUGUUUCAGCGUCUGAAACCAAACGAUAAAAAUAAAACAUUAAAACAACAAUGGUGACAAUACACAGUAUUACAGU